GAGGAAUGUGGGCCGGCAUGGUGAAGAUGACCUGAAGGACCUGCAGACCAUCAAUUCACCCAGAGUGGCAGCAAGGUCAUCUGUCUAAGUGAUGGUUGUCCUUUUCCGGCCUGUGAAUCACUGAUGGGACUGUUGUCAUGGCCACAAAAAUACUAUAAGAUUUUCCAGCGGUGAAAUUUCCAAGCCAGCGGAGUGUUUUGGAGGAUUCUGCCCUGGAAGAUCAAUCAGUAUCGCCAGCAGUAGAAUCAGCUGGCCUUUUUCGCAGUUCAAGGAUCGUACUUCAGGAAGCAAACCUCGUCUCAGAGUCUUGCUGCAUACUUGUUCAUAGUUCAUAGUUUCACCUUAAUGGAAAACACACUAAAGGAAUCAAAGUAAUUGUUUGGACUGACAUUAAAGGAUUUCUGCAGGACCCGGUUGCCUCUGACAAAAUGGCAUACAGUGAGGUCUAACGAACUAUAUGAAAAUAAAAAGAUGUAGCCAAGAAUGGUUGAAAACUGUUACUGUUUUGGGGGGGUAUUUCUCCAUGGCACAGCACUCCCUGGUUCCCUUUAUUUCUACAGUAAAGAGUGAAAUUACCUUUGGCCACAUGAAACUGAUUACGUAUUAAAACACUUUUGCUUUUUCCCUUCAGAAAUUCUACCUUCAAAAGAUUUUCAUUUUUUUCUCUGUUUCAUCUGUACCUUUUUGCUCAUUGUAGAGGAAUAUCAGAGGCUCUGUUUGGUAGUACAGAUAUUAUAAUAGGCUCAGAGUGACUGAGCAGGUAACAAUAAAGCUAAAACCUCUACAGCUUUUCUAUAUCCAUCAUGUUCAAAUAGCUCCAUGACCUUCCUUGUAUUGAACAGAACCACAUUAAGACGUUUCGAAUGAACCAAGAUCCUGUGAAGUAACAACCAACUUCUCCAACAAAGACACUUGAAGUUGGCCCAGGUGGAGCUCCUCGUUCUGUUACAUUUGAUGUAAAACUGUUUCCUUAAGACUCUUCCUGACGCUGUGCACAUCCUCAUACGUUACAUGUAGAGCGACACCGGAUAUCAUCAUUUUGUUUUUCCUUCAAAAUGGCGCUGUGUUGUCGAGCGCAGACUUGGACAAUGUUAGCAGCACUGGGUCUUCUCACCUGCUGUAGUUUUGGCUGGUGUGAGGCCUCAAGGACUAGUGGUUCGGCUCCCAGUGGGAGUAGUCGGCAACAGGGUCUCAUGUCCCAUGAGCGGGUUAAGAGAGGAUGGGUCUGGAACCAGUUCUUUGUGGUGGAGGAGUACACGGGCACGGAACCACUGUAUGUAGGAAAGAUCCACACAGACUCCGAUGAGGGCGAGGGCAACAUCAAGUACACUAUCUCUGGUGAGGGGGCAGGCUCCAUCUUCAUCAUCGACGAGCUAACGGGAGACAUCCAUGCCACGGAGAGACUGGACCGUGAGGAGAAGGCCUUUUACACCCUGAGGGCCCAGGCACGGGACCGGCUGUCCAAUGACCCUCUGGAACCAGAAUCUGAGUUUGUCAUCAAGGUCCAAGACAUCAAUGACAGUGAACCUAAAUUCUUGGAGGGACCCUACAUCGGCAGCGUGGCAGAGUUGUCACCCAUAGGAACGUCUGUGAUGAAGGUCACUGCGUCGGAUGCUGACGACCCUACAUAUGGCAGCAGUGCCAGAGUGGUGUAUAGUGUGCUGGAUGGAGAGAAGUUCUUCACUGUAGGCAGACACACAGGGAUCAUCAUGACUGCAGUAGCAGAUUUGGACCGUGAGACACAGGAUCGUUAUGAGUUGGUCGUCAAGGCAACCGACAUGGCAGGACAAAUGGGCGGUCUCUCCGGCUCCACCACGGUGACCAUAGUGAUCACUGACGUUAAUGACAACCCACCGCGCUUUCCACAGAAGAUGUACCAGUUUUCGGUGUCAGAGGGGGCAGCGGUGGGGACCUCAGUGGGUCGGGUCAUUGCCACAGAUGCUGACAUGGGCGAGAACACAGACAUGAGUUACCUCAUCAAAGAGGGAGGAGAGCUCUUCAGGGUCACCACCGAUGUAGAGACACAGGAAGCUGUUGUCUCCAUUAAGAAGCCAUUGGACUUUGAGAGAAAUCGCAACCAUAACGUGGUGGUGGAGGCAGUAAAUAAGCACGUCGACCCUCGCUUCGUGGAUCUGGGCUCCUUCCGCGAUCAAACCAUCGUGCGGGUGAGCGUGUUGGAUAUAGACGAGCCACCCAUCUUUCAGCCAGCAGAGGGCGCUAUCAUGGAGGUGCAGGAGGAUGCCAAAGUGGGAGCGCUGGUUGGUGUUGUCACUGCCAAGGAUCCUGAUGUGAAGAAUAAACCUGUCAGGUUCUCAAUUGAUCGGACCACAGACCAGGAGAUGAUCUUUCAUAUUGAUCCGGACUCUGGUGCCAUCACUCUGGGCAAGAUCUUGGACCGAGAAACCGCAGGCUGGCACAACAUCACUGUGAAGGCAGUAGAAGCAGAUAACCACACAAUGGCAUCCCAUUCAGCAGUGAGUAUUCGUAUCCUGGAUGUAAAUGACAACCCACCUGAACUGGCCACACCAUAUGAGGCAUCCAUAUGUGAAGACGCCAAGCCUGGCCAGCUAAUUCACACCAUCAGUGUGGUGGACAGAGAUGAGCCCCAAUCUGGCCAUCGCUUCUACUUCACCCUUGCCCCUGAAGCCUCCAGCCUCCAUCGACAUUUUACUCUCUGGGAUGUCAAAGACAACACAGCUGGUAUCCGGACCCAGCGGUCAGGUUUUAACCGCCAUGAGCAGAAUGUCUACUUCCUGCCUAUCCUUGUGGUUGACAGCGGGCCUCCCUCACUCAGCUCCACAGGCACCCUCACCAUUCACGUCUGUGGCUGCGACACAGAGGGAGCCAUCCAGUCCUGCAAUGCUACAGCCUAUGUGAUGAGUGCUGCUCUGAGCCCAGGGGCACUUAUAGCACUACUUGUCUGCAUUCUCAUUCUCAUAGUCCUUGUUCUGCUGAUCCUGACCCUCAAACGCCACAGGAAGGGCCAGAGGAUGGCGGAGGAUGAGGAGGACAUGAGGGACAACGUCAUCAAGUACAAUGACGAGGGCGGAGGGGAACAGGACACUCAGGCAUACGACAUGAGCGCCCUAAGGAACCUCUAUGACUUCCCUGAGGCCAAGAGCUCUGAUUCUGGCCCGGACAUCCGCUCCCUGCCCCAGUGGAUACAGGCUACCCGGGUGAGCGGUGCAGAGGGAGGCGGGGCGGCAGCAGACUUCUCCCUAUUCAAAGGCUACAUCCGUAAGAAGGUGGAGCAGGCCGACGCGGACCUGUCGGUGCCGCCCUAUGACUCCUUCCAGACGUACGCCUUUGAGGGCACCAGCUCACCGGCGCUUUCGCUCAGCUCAAUCCACACGCUGUCCACCACAUCCGAGCAGGAUUUCUCUUACCUCAGCGACUGGGGACCACGUUUCAGGCAGCUGGCGGGUUACUAUGCUCCGGGAAACCCUGAGGAGGAGGGGUCCUAGCACAGCUCGUUUGCAGAGAGACCUUUAAUCUCCCCUCUGUCCUCAUCCUCCUCCUCAUUUCUCCUUUUCUGCCUCCUCUUCUCACCCUCUGGCACUCAGUUGAGAUCAUCAGAGCCAACACUGUGUACUCCUUAAGGACAGACCACCACCUCUUUCUCUCUCUCUGAAAAAGUAAAAAUAAAAUCCCAGUGUCAGACUUUGAACUCAACUUUAUAUUU